ACCAAGUCAAAUUUCCGUGUCCAUCCAUCCUCAUCAUUGUCACUCCCUGUAAAACCACUCAAAUCAAACCAAAACUAGAAUCCUAACUUGGCCGUUGGGCAGGAAAGAGCUUUUUGAUUUUGAGUAUUACUACCUAUGGCUGAUUCCGUUGAAGAUCUUGAUUCUCUAUUUGAUUACCGUCGCGUGCAGCCUAUCGCAAUCCUUGAUGAGGACGACGACGACGACGAAUAUGAUAAGCCACCAGUUCCUUCUCCUAAAAAAAGGAAGAUUUCCAAUCAUAACGUGGAGAUUGUUGGCGGUGAUCGUGAAGCAAGCCAAGUGACUAAUGACGAUGAGGAUUGGCUACUUCCUCCUCCUAAGGACUCCAGUGAGUCCCCGAAGCAGAUUGAUGAGGACUCAACUAUUAAAGAGCUGAGGUUAAGGAAGCAGGAACUAAAAGCUUUGACAAGUAAAGAGUGUUUGUUUCAAUAUCUGGAGUCACCAAAAAGACAAAGUGAUUCAGUGCAGGCUGAUCUGGAGUCUGGGGCCGAGCAACCAUCAAAGUCUGAUCAUGAAAGAGCUAAAAUAGUUAUUUCAAUUCAAGACAAGGAUGAAGUCAAACAAUUUCGUGUGUACAAGGAUGAAAAGUUCGAGCGGCUCUUCAAACGGUAUGCUGAUAAAGUUAAGCUCGGAAUUGAGAGCCUAGUUUUUAUGUUUGAUGGGGACAAAAUCAAUCUGACGGCCACCCCUGAUAGUCUUGGAAUGGACGAUGAGGACAUUAUUGAAGUGCUUGCCAAGAAAAGCUGACUAACAUGCCUCCUUAUGAAAUUUUGAUAUGUAAUUGUGAGUUAUCUUCGCUUUAACAGCUCAAUUGUUCAGAAUUCUUGCUAUAAAAUGUUUCGAAGGUUCAGUUUGUUUACGGUGGUUGACUGUGUUAUUGGUAAGAAGCCAUAAAAGAAUUUUUUUUUCUAGUUUU